AUGACACCAGCAGUGGAAUCCUUCAAAUCACAGAAGGACAACACUAAACCCCAAAAUGACAGUCGAAAGACAAACAAAGAGAAAUCAGUGCAUGAGCUUCACAAAGACGAGCCUCAUGGAUUAGGCUCAGGCUCCCACCAGCAAACUUCUGGUUCCCCUGUGACCGUCAGAGCAGAUGACUUCGAUUACUUGCACGCCGCUCCUGGAGCUUUCAAGUGCGCUUUGUGCCGCCAGUGGCACACAAAGAGAUGUCCGUGGUUGAUCAAUUAUUAG